CGCGAGCCUCGAAAACGCCAACGUUGGUGACGACGGCCAUGGCGUAGCAAGCAUCGAUGGCAAAACGACUCCACCCUCGCGACAAAAACCUAGCGGAUCCCGUGCUCCCCGCAUCCCAGUCACACAAGCCCGCCGAUCGAUUCCUCCGCCCCAGCGCGCACGUAUAAACCGGCCCCGAGGCCCCGACGGCCGGCGUGCGCCUCCCCCUCUGUUUCCGUCGCCGGCUUCGCGGCUCUCUCAGGCCGCGCAAGUCCAGUAGCGCUCCACGUCUCAGUAGCACCAGAAAGGCGAAGGAAAACUACUUGAUUUGCCGCCUCCACCAGAAGGCGGCUGGGCAACUAAAAAGUCAGAGGAAAACUGGCCCACGGCCGCGGCGGCAGAGGGAGGUGAGGUGAGGCCAUCAGGGCCGCGAGGCCUUCCAUCAUGGCCCAGCAUAUAAACGCCGCCACCAGCGGCCGCUGCGGUUGCACCCGCCCCGCGAUCCCGCUUCUUCCCGCGCCGACCCUUCCUCCUCCCUCGUCGUCUCGGUUGCGGCCCAUGGGCGCGAGCGACCACCUGGGGCUGGCGGUGGCCGCCGCCAAGCCGCGGCACGGUGGAAGCCCGCGGAGGCUGUGCGCGGCCGUGCUGGGCGAGCCGCUGGCGGCGGCGGCGGCGCCCGACCACGGCGGCCUCCUCGUCCACCCCAGCGCCGACUUCGCCGCCCAGGCCCUCGUCUCCUCCACGCAGCAGUACCAGGAGAUGUACCAGAGGUCAAUCGACGACCCAGCCGGGUUCUGGUCGGAGAUUGCGGAGACGUUCUACUGGAAGCAGAAGUGGAGCCCUGAUGAGGUCUGUUCUGAGAACUUUGAUGUGACCAAGGGGCCGAUCAAGAUUGAGUGGUUCAAAGGGGGGAAGACCAACAUAUGCUACAAUGCGGUGGACCGCAAUGUGGAUGCUGGGAAUGGGGAGAAGAUCGCCAUGUACUGGGAGGGGAACGAGCUUGGUCAGGAUGGGAAGCUCACCUACUCAGAGCUCUUGGACAAGGUUUGCCAGCUGGCAAAUUACUUGAAAAGUGUCGGUGUCGGAAAGGGUGAUGCCGUGGUAAUCUACUUGCCGAUGUUGAUGGAGCUGCCCAUUGCAAUGCUUGCGUGUGCCCGCAUUGGCGCUGUUCACUCGGUUGUGUUUGCUGGCUUCUCUGCCGAUGCACUAGCCCAAAGAAUCAUUGACUGCAAGCCUAAGGUUGUUAUUACCUGCAAUGCUGUGAAAAGGGGCCUCAAACUCAUCCCUCUCAAAAAUAUAGUAGAUACAUCUCUGGUUGAAAGUGCGAAGAAUGGAGUUGAUGUAGGCAUUUGUUUGACAUAUGAAAAUCAGUCAGCAGUGAAGAAAGAAGACACACAAUGGAGAACAGGAAGAGAUGUUUGGUGGCAGGAUGUUGUGCCCAAUUUCCUAACUAAAUGCAAUGUGGAAUGGGUUGAUGCAGAGGAUCCAUUAUUUCUUCUAUACACGAGUGGCAGCACCGGAAAGCCAAAGGGUGUAGUGCAUACUACUGGGGGCUAUAUGGUCUACUCUGCUACAACAUUUAAGCAUGCAUUUGACUACAAGCCAACAGACAUAUACUGGUGCACUGCAGAUUGUGGCUGGAUUACUGGACAUAGUUAUGUGACGUAUGGUCCACUCUUAAAUGGAGCAACAGUUCUUGUAUUCGAAGGGGCUCCAAACUACCCUGAUCCUGGACGAUGUUGGGACAUUGUUGACAAAUAUGGAGUGACAAUAUUUUAUACCGCACCAACACUUAUACGCUCACUCAUGCGUGAUGGUACUGAGUAUGUUACUCGGUACUCUCGGAAAUCUCUCCGGGUUCUAGGAAGUGUGGGUGAACCAAUCAACUCCACUGCAUGGAGAUGGUUCUAUGAUGUUAUUGGUGACUCACGAUGCCCCAUAUCAGAUACUUGGUGGCAGACUGAAACUGGUGGAUUCAUGAUCACUCCUUUACCUGGCGCUUGGCCCCAAAAACCAGGAUCUGCGACAUUUCCUUUCUUCGGUGUGCAGCCAGUCAUUGUUGAUGAGAAAGGGUGGGAAAUGGAAGGAGAAUGCAGUGGGUAUCUUUGCAUAAAUAAGUCAUGGCCUGGGGCUUUCCGGACUCUCUAUGGAGAUAAGGACAGAUAUGAGACCACCUACUUCAAACCAUUUGCUGGAUAUUAUUUUUCGGGUGAUGGUUGCCGCAGGGAUAAAGACGGUUACUAUUGGUUGACAGGAAGAGUUGAUGAUGUUAUCAAUGUGAGUGGACACCGGAUUGGGACAGCAGAAGUCGAGUCUGCUCUGGUUUCACAUCCAAAAUGUGCUGAGGCCGCUGUUGUCGGUAUUGAUCAUGAGGUUAAAGGCCAGGGAAUAUAUGCGUUUGUGACUUUGGUCGAUGGUGUUCCCUACAGCGAUGAUCUACGAAAAAGCUUCAUUAUGACUGUCCGCAGCCAGAUUGGAGCGUUUGCUGCUCCUGACAAGAUCCACUGGGCACCAGGGCUUCCUAAGACACGAAGUGGGAAGAUCAUGCGAAGAAUUUUGCGGAAAAUCGCAUCCAGGCAGCUAGAUGAGCUUGGUGACACGAGCACGCUUGCUGACCCUGGGGUUGUCGACCAGCUUAUUGCACUCAGCGACACUUAACCUGUGUGGGAUGAAAUGAUCACCGACCGCGCUUUAUGUUAUGUAAAAUUCAGAUUAUGUGCC